AUGGCGACGAUUGCGGACGAACUUCUGAACGACUUCGAGGACAGCGGCGAUGAGAACGAUGAUCAGGUCGACGAGAAUGAGUUUGGCACAAACGAUGCAACACAAGACUUCGCAGCGCCACAGCAGAAUGGCGGCGGAAUGGAGCUUGACAGCGAUGAGGAAGAAGUCGGCGAAGAAAAUGACGAGGACUUGCUACCCGAUCAUUUAAAGAAAGAGGAAGAGGAGACAGAAGAAGAGACGAAGGCGCGUGUAGAGCGCAUGGCUUUGCGAAGCGUCAGCGAUGUGCGCAGCGUAGCAGGUCUCAUGAAGCAGCUGGAUCCACUACUCGAGAAAAUCAACCAUUAUCGGACUUUACCACCUGGGCAAGAAACCAAGAACAUUGGAAGAGUUGAGGACAAUCCGGAGUACAAAGUGCUCACACAAUCCAACACCCUCUCCACCCAAAUUGAUGGUGAAAUCAUCCUCGUGCACAAGUUCAUUCGCGAUCACUACUCCGUACGCUUUCCGGAGCUCGAGACGCUGAUCCAGAAUCCGCUCGACUAUGCUCGUACCGUGGGAAUCAUCGGCAAUGGUCCUAUGGACAACAUCAAGUCCAUUAGUGAAAGCAAAGACAAUGUCGUCGGCGCAUCGCUCAAGCAGAUUUUGGAUGGUCCCUCGCUAAUGGUUGUCACUGUCGAAGCCACCAACACCUCCGGAACUCCCCUCUCAGACACGGAGCUUGCGACUGUACGUCGGGCAUGUCAAAUGAUUUUGAGGCUAGACUCGGCGAAAAAGACGUUGACAGACUAUGUGCAAUCACGAAUGUCUAUAUUUGCACCCAACUUAACUGCGCUGAUAGGUUCCGCAACUGCAGCACAGCUCAUCAACUAUGCGGGUGGUAUUAACGGUCUCGCGAAGACUCCAGCAUGCAACAUCCCGCCACUUGGCAACAAGAAAAGUGCACGAGCAACAGGUCUGGCUACAAAUGUGGGUGUGCGAAACCAAGGCGUGCUCUACAACAACGACAUCAUACGCGCUGUUCCGCAAGAUCUCAAGGUGCAAGCUAUGCGCAUUCUCUCUGCAAAAGUCGUGCUCGCUGCCAGAAUUGAUAGCCAGCACUCAUCACCUUCGGGUGAGCAGGGGUUGGCCUUGGCGGAACAAGUAGAGAAGCGCAUCAAUAAACUAUCCGAAGCACCCCCGAACAGCGGUAUCAAAGCUCUUCCGGCACCGGACGACAAACCAAGCAGAAAGCGCGGUGGACGAAGGGUACGGAAGAUGAAGGAAGCGACAGCCAUGACAGAUCUGCGCAAGGCUCAGAACCGGAUGGCAUUUGGUAAAGAAGAAGCUGAAGUUGGCUUUGGCGACAGCUCGAAGGGUCUGGGCAUGAUUGGGGCGCAGGAUGAUGGACGAAUCCGAGCAACACAGAUCGAUCAACGAACGAAAGCAAAGCUAUCGAAAAAGAAUCCUGGCUGGGGAGGCGCGACUCCUGCUGGUGGUUCUGGCACUGCGACAUCGCUUCGUGGAUUUGGCGGAGGUCCUGCAGCACCUGGAGCUCUAAGAGCCCAGGGUCUACGAGCUGCAGGUGUUGGCAGUGGUCUGAAGACGAACGUUGGUGGGCAGCCAAGUGGUACAAUUUCGACUGUAGCUUUUACUCCGGUCCAGGGUAUCGAGCUCGUCGACCCCAAGGUGCGCGAUGAGAUGAACAGAAAGCGAAAGGCCGAAGAGGAUCGAUGGUUCAAGAGUGGCACGUUCACUCAAUUGGGAGGUCCCAGCACAGCGGCUCAGCCUGCGAAGGUGGAUUCACAAGGCUUCAAGGUCCCGUCCCUACCAGUCAAGAAGCAGAAGCAGGGCGAUUGA